AUGGAUUUCGACGAGGUGCUGCGGGAGGUGGGCUCCUUUGGGCUCUACCAGAAGGUCAUCAUUUGCUCCGUUCUAUUGCCCGCCGCGCUGCCUUGUGCCUUCCACGCCUAUAGCCAGUUGUUCAUAGCGGCCACACCUCAGCACUUUUGUCGCGUUCCUGAGCUGGAGCCCUGGACGCAGGACUAUGUGCAGCUUGUUAAGAACCUGAGCAUUCCGCGUAAUCGCAAUGGAGCCUAUGCCGAGUGUUCCAUGUACGCGAGAAAUUACACCGAUAUAGUGCGCUAUCUUGAGUAUCGCCCUCCUCCGGAUUUGUUACGACAACAGGCAGAGGAUUUGCUCAAGUUGCAGCCGGAUACGGCGCAGGUGGUGCCGUGCCAACAUGGCUGGCACUACGACAAAUCCAUAUACUCAAGUACGGUGGUUCAAGAGUGGAACCUGGUGUGCGACCGCAGCUUCCUUGUUACUUUGGCGCUUGUGGUGUUCGGUGUGGGCGGAUUGCUAGGUAACUAUGUAUUUGGAUAUCUCGUGGAUCUGUGGGGCAGGCGGCCAUCCUUCUACGCCUAUCUGCUGCUCGAGAUUACUGCCUGUGCGGCCAGUGCCUUUGCCUGGAACUAUUACACUUGGUUGGGACUGCGCUUUGUGGUUGGACUGACGGUGCCAGCUAUUCUGGCGAGUCCCUAUGUUCUGGCCAUUGAGCUGGUGGGACCGGAGAGGAGAGUUUUUUGCACCAUCGUCUCGAAUAUCGCCUAUUCCUUGGGCUUGGUGGUAUUAGCCGGAGUUAUCUACAUCGUACGUGAUUGGCGGGAACUCAGUUUGGCAGUGUCCAUGCCUUUGCUGAUGCUUUUCUCCUGCUUCUUCGUGCUUCCGGAAUCACCACGAUGGUUAAUGGCCGUGGGGAAAACCAGGAGGGCCAUUAAAAUCCUGAAAGUCAUGGCCAGAGUGAAUGGUGUGCGCGUAAAUCGGGAUUUUGUGGAACGGUUGCAGCGAAAACUGGUCAGCACAAAGGCUGCGGAAACCAAAUCUUCAAUGACUACCCACUAUGGCAUCUUGGACUUAUUCCGGGGACCCAAUAUGCGUCGAAAGACCCUGAUCAUAACCCUUAUUUGGUUUGCCAACACCAGUGUCUACGUGGGACUGAGUUACUAUGCUCCUGCGCUUGGAGGCGAUGAGAUCUGGAACUUCUUUCUGGCUGGGGCGGUGGAACUGCCAACAUAUUUGCUACUCUGGCCGGGAUUGAGUUAUUUCGGAAGGCGCUGGAUCCUGUUCAUCUCGAUGCUGGUGGGCGGAGUCGCCUGCGUGGCCACGUUCCUGUACCCAGACAUCACACUGCUGCUCUACUGCGUGGGUAAGAUGGGCAUCAGCUCGUCCUUCGUAGUCUUGCCGCUCAUGGCAUCUGAGUUGUAUCCCACGGUGGUGCGGGGACUGGGCAUGAGCUUUAGCUCGGUGAUAGCCAUGGUGGGACCUAUAGUGAUUCCCAUGAUCAAUCAUAUGGGUCAGCAAAUGCUCGUACUUCCGCUAAUUGUGAUGGGAGCUCUGCUGAUCUUGGGAGGAUUUGCUAGUCUUCUGCUGCCGGAGACCCGUAACCGAAAUCUUCCCCAGACCUUAGAGGAGGGCGAGGCAGUGCCACUAAGCUUCCUCCUCUGCUGCUGUGUGGAAAGCGAGCGAAAGCCGAGCAAUAUCCGUGUGAGUCCGCAGAAAAGAAUUGUUCCUGAGGGCGGAACACCGGUUUUCCAUCGUGUAGAUACUCCGGUUUCAGCUAGAGUCCCUUGCAAGAUCGUUUGCAGCAUUUGUAAAAAUGAAAUGCGUACGCUUUAGUCAGUUAAAAGUUGUUGAAA